GAUCUGUUGAUAGAAACCUUGGUGCUAUGCUCAGGAAUUUUAGCAAACAUUAUACAGUCCCUUCAGUGAGUUGGAAGCAUGGAGGAGACAGGGUCAACAGGAGAAGAUCCUUUUGCGUCCUUGGAGGAGUUUCAGGUCGUCCUUGGUGAGCUGGUUGGGGACAAGGGUAUGGACAAGAUCCGGGUGGAGUACGAGAAGCUCAUCCAUGCGCUGAAGAAGUCAAGAGAGAACGAAAAGAGGCUAAUGUCUAAAUGCAGGGAGCUGAAUGCAGAGAUUGUCUCCACCUCAACUAAAGUGGCUGCGGCCCUGAAAUUAUCCCAGGAAGAUGCAACAACAAUAACAUCACUGAAGCGGGAGCUGGAUAAAGCUUGGAAAAUGGUUGAUGGUGCUCAUGAUAAAGAGAAACAGGACAAAGGGACCAUCAGAAAACUACAAGAAGAUGUUUCCAACCUAAUGAAAAUGGCUGAAAUGCAGACUGGGUUUUCCAAGGGCCAAGAACAGAAUGAUCUACUUAACAUGAUUGAUGAGCUGACCAAAGAGAGGGAUCAGCUGCUGACUACAGCAGAGGGUCUGAGAGAAAAACUGAACAAGGCCAUUGCAACCCAGCAAGAGACAGAGGCCAAAAGAGAGCGUGCCAUGGAGAAUAUCUCUCAGCUCCAGCAGGAGCUUCAGGUGCAACAGAAUGAGAUUUCCCGGGAAACAAGGCUGAAGGAAAAACUGGACAAGGAGGUAAAGCAGCUGCAUAUUGAUAUGGAGGCCAAGAUGGGUGAAAUCAGAGCUCUGAAUCUGCAGGGUCAAAAGGCCAAAGAGGAGCAGCAGAGACUGGAGCAGCAGCUAAAAGAUCUAAAGAUCAUGAAUGAACGGUCAGCCAAGGAGCUGGAGCAGAUGCAGGUGAAGAACACUAAGCUGCAGCAGGAGUGUGAGCAGCUCUCAUCAACCAAAGAACACCUGUCCCUGCAAAACCAGCAGAAUGCAAAUGAGCUUAAGAUGAGAGAAGAGGAGGUGAGUCAGAUGCGUCAGGAAGUUGCCAAACAAACAAAGAUGAGAGAAGCCAUCCAGAAGAAGUUCCACCACAUAGAGGAUCAGAAAGCUGAUGUGGAUGUGCAGAGGGAGACACUCAAAGCACAGAUUGCUGGUCUGGAGAAAGAUCUUGAAUCUUCCCAAAAGCAGGUGGAAGUUGACAAGAAAGCCAUGGAUGAGCUGAUCCGAGAGAGAGACCUCUUAAAUAAGAACAUGAUCAAAGCUGUGCAGUCAACUGAGAAGCAGCAGAACCUUGUCAAGCUUCUUGAGCAGGAUAAGAGAACUUUGGAGCACGAGAUCAGUGGUUACCGCCAGGAGGCCCAGAAGCAGCGCAAGAUCAUCCAGCAGCUGGAAAAAGAGCGCGACCGCUACAUCAACGAGACCAGCAGCCUCAUGCAGAAGGUGCAACAGAAAAUGAAUGACGUAGAAGUUAGAGAGGUGGAGAUAUUUGACUGGAGGAAGAAGGUCACUGAGGCUGUGUGUAAGCUCAAACAGCAAGAGAACCUGCUGGAGACUGUCGCGUCUGAAAGGAACCUCUACAGCAAAAACCUGAUUGAGACUCAGGAAGAGAUUGCAGAGAUGAAGAGGAAGAUGAAGAUCAUGAACAACCAAGUCACUCGGCUCAGAGAUGAGAUCAGCGUGAAGGAGCUGGCCCUUGCCAAGGAUCAACAGGAGCACAAGCGCUUAGAGAAGGAUAAUGAGGCCCUCAAGGGGGAACUGCAGUUGAUUAAGCUGCAGCUGGAAGACACAAAGCAGCGUGUAGACAGUCAGAAAACAGAGCAGCAAAAACUGCAGAAGAUAAUAGCAGACUGUGAUGCUGAGCAGAUCCAGCAGAAGAAACAGCUGGAACAGGUGAUCAGAGAGCGGGACAGCCUAGGCAAGCAGCUGCUGCACUGCAAUGAUGAGCGCGCACUGUUGUAUGAGAAGAUCAGGAUCCAGCAGUCAAUCCUGAGCAAGGGUGACUUCCACUACAAGCAGAGGAUGGAAGACAUCUGCCUGCUCAAGCUGGAGAUCAAGAGGCUCCGACGCAAGAAGAACAUCCUGGACAAGACUUUGCCCAACACAGAAGAGCUGAGGCAAGAGCUGUUCCACCUGCAGAGGCAGCUGCUCAGAGAGAGAGCGAGGAACAGUGUUCUUGAGGAGCAGUUGAAGCCCAUAAAUAUUCACAGAUGGAGGCGACUGGAGGGGAGCGAUCCUGGUAAAUACGAGCUCAUCCAGAAGAUUCAGUCCUUACAGAAGCGCCUGAUCACCAAGACCCAGGAGAUCGAGGAACGUGAGCUCUUAUUGCAGGAAAAGGAGAAGCUGUACGUGGAGCUAAAGCACAUCCUGGCCCGGCAGCCGGGUCCAGAGGCAGCCGAGCAGCUCCAGCAGUGCCAGUGGAUCAUCAGAGACAGAACCAAAAAGCUCAAGGCACUGAUAGCAGAGCUGAGGAUGCUCGACUCAAAGAUGAAUGAGUACAAAAGUGAGAAUCAGAGACUGGCCACAGAGCUAGCAAAUGUUAAGAAGAAGUACCUAAGUCAGAAAAAGCUCCAAAGUGAGCAGAGGACAAAGAUGAAGGUGGAGCACCUGGAGCUUCUGCCUCAGCUAAGCAGCAAACCCCAUUUUACAGGAGGAGGCUUUAGGUUUGAUGACCCUGUAAGAAAAUAAUGAAUUCCAG